AUGUCUGUUGCGCGUCCCAUCAUGCAGGACCUGACUACAUGGCAGGCAAAUCUACCACCCUCCCUUGUGAUUGAACACCGAGCCACCACCGAGCCACCGACGUCCGACGCCUCGGCUUCGCUACACAUUGCCUAUCAAUCCGUUAAAAUCCUUGUACUUCGCGCACUACUGCGCCCUUUCAGAAUACCUGGCCAUGGAGAGCAAACUCCCGAAUGGCAAGCCGCAAAGGCACAUGUUCUCAAGGCCGCAUCCGCCGAAACAGAAGCUGCGCUGAGCGUAGUUUCUUCCUUUAGUCCUGUACACUACCAAGCUUUCUGGGCACCUUGGUCGAAAACCGGAUUUGCAUUGAUAACGAAUCUCCUUUUCUCCCUCGCCAUCAUGGUGCACCAGGAGCGUAAAUCGCAGGAUGGCUCGUCCAAUGAAUAUAUGAAAGCUAGAGAAGCGCUGGAUCGUGCAAGGAUAAUUUUCCGGUUACAUGCUAAGAGUUUAGACAUGAUUCAAUUUGCUCUUCUCCGUAUCGAUGCAGUUUUUUGGAUUGGCUGGGAGAAGGUCUUGGGCUUCCAAUAA